UGCCGCUGCAAAAAAGAAACGUAAUGUUAAAGGUACUUUAAUAAAUAUUGUCGUUCUCGUUUAUACCAUCUAUAUUAUGUUUAAACGCAUAGUUAAAGUGAAGUGACGUUAAUUGACAUAAUAAAAGAAUGAGAUAAUGGACUCAAUUUUUGUAACCAAGGCGUUUAAAAAAUACGUUGUGUUCUAGGUUGGUUUCCUGCGUUGACAAGGAAAUUCGCGUAUUUUCUUUUAUAAUUCGAGUUAGUGAAAUAAAAUGUACGAAAUGAAUACGGCGGAACCUAUGCAAGUGGAUGUUCCACUUGAAGACAAUGAGAACAAUGAAACAGAGUGUUAUGUUGUAGAGAAUCCUACAUUAGACCUGGAAACAUAUGCUGCAUCAUAUACUGGAUUUGCUAAGUUGUACAGAUUAAUGUUUGUAGCAGAUCAUUGCCCUUCUUUAAGAUUAGAAGCUCUCAAAAUGGCUAUAUCUUAUGUCAUGACCACCUAUAAUGUAAGUCUGUAUCAAACACUUCACAAGAAACUAGCAGAAGCAGUAGCUACAGCUGGUCUGCCAGAUGUUGCUGUACAGAUGGGCUCUCAGGAAAUUCCUGUGCUUGACUCAAUGUGGGUGGAAUCAAAAACUAAAAAAGCUGCCAUAAAGUUGGAAAAAUUAGAUACAGAUCUUAAGAAUUAUAAAACAAAUUCCAUUAAAGAAAGCAUCAGAAGAGGGCAUGAUGAUCUUGGUGACCAUUACCUGGACUGUGGAGAUCUCACUAGUGCUCUGAAAUGCUAUUCAAGAGCCAGAGAUUACUGCACAAGUGGCAAGCAUAUAAUAAUGAUGUGUCUCAAUGUAGUUAAAGUGUCUGUAUAUUUGCAAAACUGGGCUCAUGUUCUCAAUUAUGUUUCCAAAGCAGAAGGCACACCAGACUUCAAUGAAGUUCCUGGAAAAGAUUCCAACCAAGCGAUACUUACCCGCCUAAAGUGUGCUGCUGGUUUGGCUGAGUUAGCUACUAAGAAAUAUAAGUCUGCAGCAAAACACUUCUUGGCUGCUAGCAUUGAUCAUUGUGAAUAUCCAGAACUGCUGAGCAGCAAUAAUGUUGCAGUGUAUGGAGGGCUUUGCGCAUUGGCAACUUUUGAUCGCUCUGAACUUCAGAAGCAAGUAAUAGUUAGCAGUUCUUUUAAAUUAUUUUUAGAGCUAGAACCACAAUUACGUGACAUAAUUUUUAAAUUCUAUGAAUCGAAGUAUGCUUCAUGCUUAAGGUUACUUGACGAAAUUAGAGACAAUCUUCUUCUAGAUAUGUAUUUAGCCCCACACCUGAACUCUUUGUAUAUGCAAAUACGCAAUCGAGCUUUAAUCCAGUACUUCAGUCCUUACCUCUCAGCUGACAUGCAUCUAAUGGCUGAUGCGUUUAAUCGUACAGUUAAUGCUCUUGAAGAUGAGCUUAUGCAAUUAAUUCUGGAUGGACAAAUUCAGGCUCGUAUUGAUUCUCACAAUAAAAUACUCUUUGCUAAAGAUGUAGACCAGAGAAGCACCACUUUUGAAAGAAGCUUAGCUAUGGGAAAAGAAUACCAGCGACGGACAUCAAUGUUAAUUUUACGUGCUGCAAUGCUCAAAAAUCAAAUUCAUGUUAAGAAUGCUGGCCGCGAGACUGGACCACAAAGUGGUGAAGCCCCUGGAUCCAGUACUAGCCUCUCAACACGCUCUUUUGAUACUGUACCCUUGUGAUGAAUUACCUCAUAAGAUAGUCAACAUUUUAAUUUUUUACAUGACAAUUUAAGUGAAUUCAACUAACAGAAUAAAAACAAAAACCUUUAUGUUACAGAAUAUAUAAUUUUCAGGAUAAACUAUCAUUGCAUUUACUUUUGUCAUGUGAAAUUUACCUUUUUCAUUAAGAAAAAACUUUUUAUGUAAUGUUUCAUGCCUGCUUUUGUUUUGUUUCACGAUAAAAGAGUAGGUUUGCGUAAUGUCAGUGAUAUUACUAUAUGCAAACUGCUGUUUUAAGUAAUAUGUUGUGUCAGCGAUAACUCACGAGAAACUGGCGCGAGGCAUUAAUCUUAACAUUGUUUAUACAGAAUUAUUCUAUGUAACCACAAAAUAUUAUGUCUACGUAAUUUUUAAUAAUAUAAAAAAAGUGAACACAUUGAUUUUCAA